AUGAAAACUAGACCAACCAGUCCAAAACUUUGACUAGAGUUGAGCUCUCUUUCUUUUCAUUUAAGACCAUAGAAUACCUUAGAUCAUAUGAGAGAGAGAGAGAGAGAAUGGAUGGAUUGCAAAGGUCUGCAAUAUCAUUCAGAAGACAAGGCUCAUCAGGAUUAGUAUGGGAUGACAAGUUCUUAUCUGGAAAGCUGAACCAAACAAAGCCAAAAGAUCAUCAACAAGCAGAUGAAGGAAAGAGAGAUCACAGAGCAUCACAAAUGCAACGCAGUCGAUCCAACAGAGAACAUACAUAUCACACCGUUAAGGAUGUUGGUCCCACAAUCAACCCACCUUCUCCUAAGCUCUCUGCCUGUGGCUUCUGUGGCAUGUUAGGCAACCCACAAACAACCCCAAAACUUAGAUCAACCAAACUUAUUGAUAGCAGUAAGGGAGUGGAGAUCUUAGUACAUGAUGGUAGAGUUAUUGACAGCAGUUGUCUUUGUUCUUCGGAUUGCUGCUGCUGAUCUGUGAGGUGUGCUGCUGGUCUGGGUGAAAAGGACUGUUGCUGAUCUGAUCUGUGCGGAUUGCUGCUGUGAAGUUUGCUGCUGCUAUGGAUUUUGUCCUGUUUCUUGAUGGUUUGUAGUUUUUUGGUUGUUCGGUUUGUAUUAGGUUUGGUUAGAUUGUACUGGGAUGAGGUUGUUUGAGGUGUUUGUGGUUGGUUCCUCACCAACCAUUGAUGUUGUGCUAGCAUAUGAUUAGGCGGUCUUAUUAGUGUCAACCUAGUUGGGAUUGA